GCCCAGAAACCGAAGUUGAGGUCUUGACUUGAUGACAAUGAAGCUCCCACGAAAGUGACCUCUGUGGAGCUUUGCAGCCCAACGGGCACUCAGUGGCGUAAUGGCAUCUAGCGAAAGACUGUACGAGGUUUGGAUGCUUUACUGCACCAAGAGAGAUCCAGACUACUUGAAGCUAUGGCUCGAAAGUUUCAUCAGCUCCUAUGAGAGAUGUCUGGAUGUGGACUUUGAAAAGCCGCCAUUAAGGCUGGAGGAGCCCCCGCCGGUACUGAGUCUUUUGCCAGACAACAUCUUACAGGUUUUGCGCCACCAACUUCUGCAAUGCGUCCAAAAAGCCUCUGAUGGUCUGGAGCCUGAGCAGCAAAACUUGGCACUACUUCUGCUCAAGUUCCUCAUCGUUGUCUGCAGGAACCUGUCCAAUGUGGAGGAGAUAGGCACCUGCUCCUACAUCAACCACAUCAUUGCCAUGACAACACUUUACAUUCAGCAGCUGAAGAGCAAUACCAAAGAGAAAGAGUUGGUGGACCAAAGCCAGGCAGAGGAGUUUGUACGUCAUGCACUGGCAUUCUGCGAGAGCCUCUAUGACCCUUAUUGCAAUUGGAGGCAUCAAACCUGCAGGAAGCAGCUGGGCACAGUCGAGAGAAGCAGGCAGAAGUACAAAGCAGCUCCACUUACUGUGGAAUUUGUCCCCUUCUUUUACCAGUGCUUUCAAGAAAGUGAACACCUUAAGGAAAGCUUAAAAUGCUGUCUGCUGCACCUAUUUGGUGCCAUAGUAGCUGGUGACCAGAAGAACGCACUGCUUGCUGUCUCUCCGGCCACCAUGGAAGUUUUGAUUCGGGUGCUGGUGGACUGCUCCAUGGGUAGCUGUUCCUCAGACGAAGGAGAGGACUGGGACAGUGAGGCCCCUGAUCGGAAGGCAUGUCUGACUUUGGGAUGUUUGAGGGUAGUGGUGCAGUGUCUCCUGGCCGCCAGCUCAGACCAGCGGCAAGUAGAAAUUGCCUCUGUGCUCGAAAACUACUUCAAGCUGCUCAACUCGGACCCAGCAGCUGUGGUUGCCACUCGACAGCAGCAGCAGCAGCAGCAGCAAGCCAAAGGUCGAGUGCCAACACUAGGCAGACACUGGGAAAGCCGCUUUGUGGCACUGCAAGUGCACAUGCUAGACACAAUGAGGGACAUGUUCCUUUGUUCAGACAGGCCAGUUCUACAAGCCAUCUUCCUCAACAGUAACUGCUUUGAGCAUCUGAUACGACUGCUCCAGAAUAGCAAGCUGGUUAACGCUAGGUGCACGGCGGCAGACAAGGACCAGAAAGAUAUAACCAACAACAGGUUACUGUCAGGAGAGAGAGACACUCAGGUGAUACAAGGACGGUUAGACUCCCUUGCUGUAGCAACUAUUAGAGCCCUAACCACAGUGAUGCAUAGAUCACCAGCUGCAAAGGAGGUGUUCAAAGAAAGAAUUGGUUAUAAUCACUUGUACGAAGUCCUCGUUUCGCUUGGCCAGCCAUCUCGACACCUCCUUAAAGAGAUGAUGAACAUGGCAGUGGAAGGUGAGCACACAUCAGUGGGAAUCUUGGGAAUCAGCAAUGUGGAGCCUUUACUCCUGCUCAUCCAGUGGCUGCCAGAUUUGGACUCAUCAGAGUUGCAGAUUUUUGCUGCCGAUUGGCUCUGUCGCCUCAUCUGCCUCAAUCGGCAAACACGCACCACCUGUGUCAAUGCUGCCAUGGUCUUGAGAGCACUGGCUGUCCUUGAGUGCCACCGGCGGCUACACCGAGUUUGUGCAGAGAGCCUUUUGCGAUUGGUGGGAUCCCUUGGCUCCCUGUCCCUGAGUGCCAGGGAUCUCCUUAGGCUCCUGCACCUACUCAGACCUCCAGAAUCCAACCAAGCUCAUCCCUAUGUGGGACCUGCUCUGAAAGCUCUCCUUGUCAUGGUACGUAAACAGGGUCUGGAGAGCGCAAUGCAGUACUUUGAUCUGUCGCCCAGUAUGGCUGGCAUUGUAGUUCCAACAGUACAGCGCUGGCCAGGCUCUGCCUUCAGCUUCUUAGCCUGGUUGUCCCUGGACCAGGAUCAAUUGGGUCCAGUCAGCAAAGAUAAGAGAAAGCAGCUCUACAGCUUUUUUACCUCGGGUGGCACGGGGUUUGAGGCCUUUAUUAGCUCUGCGGGUGUACUGGUGGUGGCUGUUUGCACAAAAAAGGAAUAUGUCACAGUCAUGCUGCCCGACAACUGCUUCUGUGACUCCCUCUGGCACAGCAUUGGUGUGGUGCAUGUACCUGGAAAGAGGCCAUUUGGACAGAGCCUCGUCUACAUUUAUGUGGACGGACAGCAGAAGCUAUCUGCCCCCCUCAAGUACCCCACCAUGACUGAGCCAUUUACCUCCUGUUGCAUUGGCUCGGCGGGCCACCGGACCACAACUCCGCCACCCUCCCAGAUCCCCGACCCCCCUAUUUCCUCAGCCACCUCACCCAGCACACGUUCCUCAUUGGGAAGCAUCCUUUCGCCGCACACAUGGGGCGGACUACUGAGCGGAAAGCCUGAGUCUGUGACAAAGCUCAUUUCAGCAGGGACCCAGGACAGUGAGUGGGGAAGCCCCACAUCUUUGCAGGGUCAGCUGGCGAGUGUCAUGGUGUUCCACGAAGCCCUGCAACCCAACCACAUUAAAAUCCUCUGUAGUGCUGGUCCAAACUGUGUGUCUCCUUUAAAAGCCCAGGAGUCAGAACUUGGUGACCUUUCAAGUAAACUGCUGCUGCAUUACUCGCCAAAGGCAUGUCAAAACCCAAUCUGCCUCGAUCUUUCCCCCAACAAACUACAUGGACGCCUGACUGGGAAGAAAGUUGUUAACUGGGACGUCAAGGAUAUGAUCAAUUGCGUAGGCGGGCUGCAAGUGCUGUUUCCUAUACUAGAGCAGCUGGCUCUAAUGACCCCUGAUCAACAGAAUUGUGAUGCUUCAACUGGGUCAGACUUCAUCACCCCAGAUGUUAUCACUCCCGCUGAUGGAGAAUGGGUCAUUCUCCCAUCAAAUAGGGCUUCAGAAGCACGCCUGGAGAAGAAUCUGGUAGCUACUUUACUGUUGGUGCUGAAGCAUUUUCUACAGAGGCAUGCUAUAAACCAGGAAAAUCUGCUCCACUCGCAUGGUGUUGCUACUCUAGGAGCCCUACUGCAGAAGCUUCCAGCAGGACACAUUGAUGUCAAUGUGCUCGUAGCUAUGCAGCUGCUGAUAGAGCAGGUGACGUUCGAGAAGAACCAGGGCCUCCUGCAGCAACUUCACACACAUCUACUCUUCAACUUCAACAUCUGGAACAAAGGGGACUUCCCUUUACGUAUAGGCCAUAUACAGUAUGUAACCACUGUCAUCAAAGACAACAGGAAGCAGUUCCGUAAAAAAUAUGGAGUCCGAUUCCUUUUGGACAACAUACGCCUCGAUAAUGGGAAAAACAGUAAUAAAGAGAGCGACCUCAGUGAGGACGACAUUCUGAACAUCCGUAUGUCGCUCUACGACCUCAUCAAAUACUACAUCAGCAAGGGCAUCUCACAGGAGGAGAUGCACAGCAUUAUUGGAUACAUUGCUGCCAUUGGGGAUGAAGAUCAGAUUUGUGGGCUACUAGAAAUGUUACUCAGCCUCCUUCAGAGCAGUCCAUCCAGGGACCAGCUCUUUCUGCUCCUCUUUGAGCCUGGAGCAGCUGACUCUUGCUAUGCACUUCUGCUCAACAAUAAAUACUCAGACCGCCUUCGAGAACUUGUCUUCAAGCUGUUUGAGCGCAUGUUACGAUGUGAUCGCAUCUAUGAGAAAAACAAGCAGCGUUUGAGGCUGAGGGAGGCGGGUUACAGCGGCCUGUCACUCCUCUUUUCCGAUCUUCACAUCACACCGACUCUCAUUCGUUGUCUCCUCAAUCAGGUCCUGCACACAGAUCAAGUGGUCAACUACAAGGAUCUGAUGGCACUAGUUCAGCUCACUCAUCGAACUGGACCCAGCAUUCGGCUCAUUGUCUGUAAGAGGGUGUACCAACUCCUACAGUCCCAACAAGAUGCUGCUUGCCAGAUUUCGAGGCAGCAGUGUUGGCAGGAUACCCUUGCAAGACUGUACAUGCGAGGUGAAGGCUCAUUGCCAUCGCGAAGUGCAGACACAGUCAGCACCUGCAGCCUGGACUUGAACCAACCCAGUGGAGCCAAUAGUAACCGCCUGGAACUGCCGCUACACCGAAAAACAAGGGCAAGCAGUGCUGGCCGCUUGGAUCGCACAGAGAAUGACUGGCAAAGCAUGGGCGACACUCGUUCAGUAGACAGCAUGGAGAACAGUGAUGUCAUCUCACUACUGGACACUCCAUCAUCUUCCGCUUCGGCUGAGCCACAACCACAACUCAAGCCUUGGCUCGUGGGAAAAUCUGGUGGCUUGACGCUUGACCUGUCUCACCUUCAGACCUACGAGGGCUUAGAGAGUGGCAGCCAGACACCUGGCAGUAUGCCGAGCACACCCUCUCCACUAGAAGCACCAAAGCCCUUUCGAGGCAACUCUGGAAGUAUCGAUCACACAGCCCCAUUAACUGAAGACACCUUCCUCUUCAAUGACAACGUCUCCCUGGGAGACUCCUUUAAUAAUACUGAGCGGGCUGAAGAAGAAUUGUGCAGUAUGUUGCUGGAGAUUCUGCUGUGUGUGAUGUGGCGUGGAGUCGAAGGUUCUGACGACUCCGCGUGGCUGGAGCGUGGCCAGGUUUUUUCAGCACUCACCAAAUUGGGAACAGCCAAUGAGCUGCUACUUCCUGUUGACCAAAUCAAACUCAGUCUCAUGGAACGUAUGCUGGAAUUGGCCGUGAUUGACAACCGUGAGGCAUCUGCUGCCACAUUGCCUCAACACACUGAGAACGCGGUCCGUCUACUUCACGUGGUACAAGAUUUCUUGCAAGCAGAGGGCCUGGUCAACCCGGCACUGUGGACAGAGAAGGUGCUGGAGGAGACUGUGACACUGAUGGACUGUCUCAUGGUGUGGUAUUCUGCUGGCACCCAGUGGUUCGAGCUUUCCCAAGUUGGACUGAGAUUGUUGCUCGGCUUCAUGGCGCAAGAGGACCCCGAGGUGUGUGCAGUAGCCACUGCUAAACUGAAUUUUAUUCUACAAAUGAAGGAAGUGUCCAGCCAGGAUGAGGCGUGCUACUUGCUGGGCAAGGUUGAGUGCAUCCUGCGGCGCUCUGUCCAGGAGAAGACAGAGGAAACAUACUCAUUCCUGGUUCCUCUGUUGCGAACACUCCUCUCCAAAGUUCACCGUCUCCUCUAUAUGGAGCUGCAUUUGCCCCAACUGCCUGAUACCAAUGGCAGCCCAUCUUUUUUUGAGGAUUUUCAAGUAUACUGCAACUCACCCGAAUGGCGUGUCUAUCUGGACAAAUAUAUCAUUCCAUACAUGAAGCAGUAUGAACUUGAGACCUUCAGUCAGGGCCAUGAGAAUAUGGCACUUUACUGGAAGGAGUGCUAUGAGGCCUUCAUGGUCAGCCUGCAUAGGAGAGAGCGAGAUAGGGGGGAGAGCAAGAUGUGCUUCCAGGAACAAUUUGUUGAGCCAUUCUCUCGCCAAAGUCGUCACGAGAACCUUAGGUACAACAGCAUGUUGAAGCAACAACAUAGCCAGAACAGUGCCUCUCUCAGGCAGUGGAAGGCUGCUCGGCGGGGCCUUGUGUGUGAGAGGGGGCCCUGGGCUGAAAGGCAGCCAAAGAAGAUGCACUGGAAGCUGUCCAGCGCAGAGAACUUUUCCCGCAUGAGACUGAAGUUGAUCCGGAAUUUCAACUUUGACCUUUAUAGGGAGGCCAGUGCUCUGCGAGACAACCUUGGUGUUCAUCAGCAGUUCGUCAACCCGGAAUCUCUGCUGCUGGAGGCUGUGAAGCAGGUGAAAGUCACCAACCUGGAUGAUGACAAAUUGGAGCUGCCAGAGGAUGACCCGGCAACAGCAAAUAUCCAGAUUGAAGCAGAGGAAGCAGGUCAAAAGGAGAAGCUGAUUCUGUCGGAAGACUGUCAGUUGGUGACGGUGGUUGAUGUGGUACCUGGCCGUCUGGAACUCACUACCCAGCACAUCUAUUUCUAUGACAGCAGCCAAGAGAAAGACGAAGGUGUGGGCCAUGACUUUAAAUGGCCCUUGAGUCAGAUUCGUGAAGUCCAUCUGCGGCGAUAUAAUCUGCGACGCUCCGCUCUGGAGAUCUUCCUUAUUGACCAAACCAGCUACUUUCUCAACUUCAAGAAAGAGGCAAGAAAUAAGGUGUAUGACCGCAUGUUGCUACUGCGAUCCCUCAGUCUAUAUGGAACACGUUCUCCACAAGAGCUCCUUAAAGCCUCCGGAUUAACGCAGAAAUGGGUCAACCGAGAGAUUUCCAACUUUGACUACCUGAUGCAACUCAACACAAUUGCUGGCAGAACAUACAACGACCUGGCGCAGUAUCCAGUGUUUCCCUGGGUUCUAGCAGACUACACCUCCAAGGAUUUGGACCUUUCAGACCCCAUGGUAUUCAGGGAUUUGUCAAAGCCGGUGGCAGUACAGAACAACGACAAUGCUAAAGCUGUUCGAGAAAAGUAUGAAAGUUUUGAGGACCCAACAGGAACUGUCGACAAGUUUCAUUAUGGAACCCACUAUUCGAGUGCAGCUGGUGUGAUGCACUAUCUGAUCAGAGUUGAGCCCUUCACCUCCCUACACAUCCAGCUGCAGAGUGGACGGUUUGACUGUGCCGACCGCCAGUUCCACUCCAUUCCGGCAACCUGGCUGACUCUCAUGGACAAUCCCAAUGACGUCAAGGAGCUCAUACCUGAGUUCUUCUACUUCCCAGAGUUUCUUGAGAACCACAAUGACUUUGACCUUGGUCGCCGGCAGAUAACGAAAGAAAAAGUAAAUGAUGUGAUUCUGCCCAAAUGGGCCAAGUCCCCUGAGGACUUUAUCUAUAAACACCGCAAAGCCCUGGAGUCUGAAUAUGUGUCUGCACACCUUAAUGAGUGGAUCGAUCUGAUCUUCGGUUACAAACAGAGGGGUCCCGCCGCAGUGGAAGCCCUCAAUGUUUUUUACUACUGCACAUAUGAGGGAGCAGUAGACCUUGAUGCCAUCACUGAUGAAAAAGAGCGCAAGGCCCUGGAAGGCAUGAUCAGUAACUUUGGGCAGACACCCUGCCAGCUACUCAAGGAGCCACAUCCAAUUCGUCUUUCUCAGGAGGAAGUGGAGAAGAGGAAGGCUCUCCUGGACUCAUGUCCUCUGAUUAUGUUUGAACACCUCAGCACCCUUAAGUCCUUCUUUGUGGAGGGCAUCAGUGACAACGUACCACUGAUUAAAGCUAUUGUUCCAAAGAAUCAGUCCCACUCAUUCAUCAGUCAAGGGAGUCCAGACACAAUGGUGACAGUAAGUCAAAACUGUCUCUUUGGGACGCAUGGGUGGCUACCUUACAACAAGAAUAUCUCCAACUACUUCACCUUCAUUAAGGACCCCACAGUGUCCCAUUCCAAGACCCAGCGUUUUCUGUCAGGACCCUUCGCUCCCGGUGUGGAGGUAACAACGAGGCUGUUUGUGGUCUCUCACGAUGGAAAGUUGCUCUUCAGUGGAGGCCAUUGGGACAACAGCCUCCGAGUCACUUCACUUGUCAAGGGCAAGACUGUCGGGCAGCACAUCCGGCACAUGGAUAUUGUAACCUGCUUGUCAACAGACCAUUGCGGCAUCCACCUGAUUUCAGGUUCCAGAGACACCACCUGCAUGGUGUGGCAGGUUCUACAGCAGGGUGGUGCUCCAGUAGGUCUGCAUCCUAAACCUGUUCAAGUGCUGUAUGGCCACGCAGAUGAGGUUGUCAGUGUUUGCAUUAGCACAGAGCUGGACAUGGCUGUGUCUGGAGCACGGGAUGGGGUAGUGAUCAUCCAUACCGUGCGCAGAGGUCAGUAUGUGCGUUGCUUGCGACCGCCAUGCGACAGCUCCUUGCCCCUGUCUGUCCUCCAUUUGGCUGUGUCCUGGGAGGGUCAUCUGCUGGUCCACACCUGCUUGGAAGGCAAAGCAACACUAAAAGAUAAAAACGCACUCCACCUUUACUCUGUCAAUGGGAAGCACCUUUGCAGUGAACCUCUGAAGGAGCAGAUGACCGACAUGUGUGUUUCCAGGGAGUUUGUUGUUACUGGCAGUGAGCAAGGCUACUUGUCCAUUCGAGACCUCUACAGUCUGUCGCUAUGUGCGGAGCCCAUGGCCAUGCGUGUGCCUGUGCGCUGUGUAUCCGUCACCAAGGAGCAGAGUCACAUCCUGGUGGGCCUCCACGAUGGCAAGCUGAUCAUCGUGGGCGUGGGCAAGCCAGCCGAGGUAAAGAACUCACUGAGGAACUACAUCGCUCAGAGCCUGGAGGGAUCGCCGCUCAUGGCCUCCCCCUUGCUGGCCUCGCUUCGAGCUCGCUCACCCACUCGCCUACUGCACCAGCGAGACCAGCUCGUGUUCAGCCCCGCCUCUGUCACCGACAGACCAUAGCAGCCCUAGUCCAGGUCCCGACUGGCCCCAUUUCAAGUGUCGAUUACCUGAAGUGUCAUGUCUUUAUAAUGCCGGAAACCAAUCUUGCGCAACACUAAUCGCUGCUUCUACUAGUCGUAUUCCUGCAUAAUGUAAGCUGAUAAUCUUGCACUGAUCUUGAGUUGUAUUUUGUUGUUAAGUCAAAUUUAUAUGUUGGCAGACAGUAAAUGACAAAACUGAAUGUUUUAUUGUACAUGGCAAAGAGCAGAAAUUGGUCUAGACAGGAAAUCAUUACACACCUUUCCCUUUUUUCCUUUUCACAACAAAAGGAAUCAACAUUUGAUGUUUAUUUAUUGCUUGACUAACAAUCAAAUGUGAAUAACUAAUCACACAUAAAUCAUAUCCCCUUCUCUCUUGUUUCUUUUGGCUUUAUACUUUUCUCCCCCUCCUCCUCCUCCUCCAUCCUAAUUACUGCACCCUACUCCACUUCCUCUACCUCGGUCCCUCGCAGCUGCGUUCAGGCCACAUCACACGGAAGCUGUGGGGCUCCACCAAGAGGCUGACCAGGAUCUCCUCAGGGGAAUCGGACGUCAUCAUCUAGCAUGAGCACCAUCCCGGCCCUUCCUUUGCUCAAUCCCUAAACCAACCCCCGCUGCUGUCCCCCGCCUCCCACGGUCACCCUCCAUUCGUGUCACACGCCGCACCUCCAUUUAUGUCAGCUUGUCUCAUUCUGUCACAUCCAAGUGAAAUGUGCUCAAUUUUCUUUCCUGUGGUUUGACCAAAUGGCGCUGGCGCUGCGGUUCAGAUCCAGAGGCAGCUUAAGCUUUCAGUAUCAGCCCACCACCUCUUCAGAUUGUUUUUGUUUGUGUCUUUAUGUUUUCAAGUGACCUUUCCAUCCCCUUCCUUUAGUUUGCCUUUGUUGCCUCAAAGCUAGCUCACAUAGAAGUUCAAAAUUCUCUGCCUUUCGAUUUGUCGUAUCGUCUGUUUCGUUGAGCUUCUUGUUUUCCAGCAAAUGUACGUAUGCACCCUGUAGCUUGGCAUUAGCUCAUGUGAAAUGACGUUUUGGAUUGUGAAUUGUCACACGGCCAUUGAAUCAUAGCGUGGCGCUGUAAUGGCAGCAGAUGAGACUUGUAGCACAGACAUAAUUCCUGCGGAAAACACACAAGCAGUCUGUUUGCUGAAUGUUUUUGAGUUACUCAGAUAUGUUUUAUUUAUAGGAAAAGUAGCAUUUUGUAAGCUCUCUUUGUUGUUUCUGACACAGUUUAGGAAUUCUCCAAGGGCUGCACCAGAUGGUAAUAGCAAUAUUGUGUUGGGUGUUUUUGUCUUCUUUUGCCGCCUUGCAUCAUUUCAACUGCAUACUCCUUUUGUCUUCCUGCAGCUUACCCCGACUGUUAGCAGUCAUUGUUCCUUCCAAAAAAACAAAAAAAGUUUGUUUUCAUAACACUACACAUUCAUCCUGUUAACAGGGUACAUUUUACACCAAGUGUUUUUGUUGAUUUGAACACUAAAAGCCACAGUGUGAAGAUCCUGCCGGGACUGUGACCGGAAAUGUGUGCGAGUUAAGAAGUGGGUGUAAGGGCAUGUCAGGGGUGACAGCUGUUAGUGUUACUAAGCCAAAGUGUCCCUCCGACGGGUUGACACAGUCUUUUGAUUCUCUGAUUUGUUUUGUUUUCAUUUUGUUGUUGUUGUUGUUCAUUUGCAUCAGACAUUAUAAGUUGUAAGACUUCCAAAAAAUGGAGUGCCUUUAUCAGAAGGGGGUUCUCAUGGCUUUGGUAUUCCUGAGAGGAAGUGACUUAAGACAAAUGACAGCCUUUGUUGUAUCUGCAUCAUUCUCCAUGACUGUCACCAAAUUGAUAUGUGUAUAUCUGUGAUUAUUUAUGAAUACAAUAUAAAUACGUAAUGUACAGCAUGAUUUUUAUUUUUUCUAUGUUUAUCAAAUGUACUUUUGCACUUUCCAGGUACUCCUAUUGUAAGAAAUUGUUUUAAAUUGGCUCCCUAAUAUGUACAUUCAGAAUUUGCUUUGCCAACACACAAACUGAACAUGAUCAUUAAAGUGUUGUCUGUAUUUAGACGUAAAGUGU